AUGGGGCCGGGGGCAGAGGUAUCCCAGGGCUGUCGAGGCUGCGACGAGCAGCACCCCGGGGCGGAACCCCUCAAGGAGGAGAACAAGGGGGAGGCGGGCGGCGGGGACACCAUCGAGCCUGCUCCCCCCGCCGAAGGGGGGGAUGCUAAACCCGAAGGUGCCGCGGCCCCUAAGGACACCCCCAAGAAGAAGAAGAAGUUCUCCUUCAAGAAAUCCUUCAAGCUGAGCGGGAUCUCGUUCAGGAAGAACAAGAAAGAAGCCGGGGACUCCUCUGGGUCUUCCCCGACGGAGGACCAAGGCAAGGCAGAGGGGCCCCUCACCAUCCUGGCCGGUGGGACGGAGCCGUCGGCUCCCCCCGAGGAGGGGUCGGCGGAGGAGCAGGGGAACCCCGGGGAGAGCAGCCCCACUGCGGAGGGGCAGCAGCAGGGAGCCGAGCCCAAGAGGGAUGACGCCGAAGCCGGGGAGAACAAGGAGGAAGAGAAGCAGCAGCAGGCAGGGGAAAGCCACGGGGACACAGCCAAACCAGAGGAGCCCUCAAAACCUGCGGGACCUGAGCCUACGACAACUCCGGCGGAGCAGAAGGAAGAGUAG